AUGAUCCAGAAACUUCGGAUCUAUAGUCGCCGUGGUCUCGUGCUUCAACAGUGCUUGAAAGGAGCCUGCGUCUCCCCUCGCCGGUCAUCUCCAGCCAGUCCUCCGCCACCUCCUCACAUCAGCACCCCCAGAGGCCCCAAGGUCCUCGCCUCCACUCCAGCGCUGCGCAGCUCCCACCUCUCCGCCGCCGCCAAGACCGCGUCCCCUUCGCAGGUGAGCCCGAACUACAACCAGGACUCGGAGGCCGCCUUCAACAGCCAGAUCAACCUGGAGCUCUACGCCUCCCAUGUCUACCUGUCCAUGUCUUACUACUUCGACCGUGAUGAUGUGGCUUUGAAGAAUUUUGCCAAAUAUUUUCUCCACCAGUCCCACAAAGAGCAGGAACACGCCGAGAAACUGAUGAAACUGCAGAACCAGCGAGGCGGCCACAUUUUCCUUCAGGACAUCAAGAAACCAGACCGGGAUGACUGGGAAAGCGGGCUGAACACAAUGGAGUGUGCGCUACACUUGGAGAAAAGUGUGAAUCGGUCCCUACUGGAACUGCACCAAUUGGCCACUGACAAGAACGACCCUCAUUUGUGUGACUUCAUUGAGACACAUUACCUGGAUGAGCAGGUGAAAUCCAUCAAACAACUGGGUGACUACGUAACCAACUUGCACAAGAUGGGCGUUCCAGAUUCGAGCCUGGCUGAGUACCUCUUUGACAAGCAUACCCUGAGAGACAGUGACUGCGAGAACUGA